AUGAAGGAAUUCUUUGGCCUUAAUGUGCCAGAAAUGCAGGAUGGGAGAGAUCCAAGGACUGUUUGGAAAGGGAGAAACAAAUGGCAUACAAAUGCUCUCUCUUUCACCUCUAGCUGUGUAAGGAAAUCAUCUGUAAACUGCAAAAAAUCAUUUUCUUGACACUUUUUGUCAUACAGGUUCAUAGCCAAGAACAUUAUGAGGCUGCAGCGUCUGGGGAUAACCCAUGUUCUGAAUGCAGCAGAGGGGAAAUCAUUCAUGCAUGUGAACACUAAUGCAGAGUUCUAUGAAGGCACAGGCAUCAGAUACCAUGGCAUUAAAGCUAAUGAUACACAGGAAUUUAACCUCAGUCGCUAUUUUGAGGAGGCAGCUGAUUUUAUUGAGAAAGCACUUUCCCAGAAGGAUGGACAAGUGUUCGUGCACUGUCGUGAGGGCUACAGCCGCUCUCCCACACUGGUCAUCGCCUACCUCAUGCUUCGCCAGAAUAUGGAUGUCAAGUCUGCGUUGAGCACAGUGCGACAGAAGCGAGAGAUUGGCCCCAAUGAUGGCUUUCUAAGGCAACUUUGCCAGCUCAAUGAGCAGUUAGUGAAGGAGGGCAAACUGAAGCCCUAG